AACGAUUCGCAAGAACGAUCCGUUCAUGAUUCGAACAUCACCAGUGGAUGGUGCGGCAGGAGCAGCAAAGAGCGCAGUCACCGGGAGGGAUUCCGCAGACCGUUAGGCUGUCCACAUCACCUUCAGACAUGGCAAAGGAAGGGACUGAGAUUGCAGAAGAGACCGAGCAAAUGAUAGACCAGAAGGAGCCGGACAAUCCCGUUUCUGCGGUUGUAGAUUCAAAAGAAAUGCGGGCUGUGCUGCUCACGGGCUUUGGUGGUCUAAACAAACUCAAAGUCACCAAGAAACCAAUGCCAGAGCCUCAAGAAGGAGAAGUCAAAAUUCGCGUGAAAGCAUGUGGACUGAACUUUCUUGAUCUAAUGGUGCGUCAAGGAAAUAUUGAUAAUCCUCCAAAAACUCCUUUUGUGCCUGGAUUUGAGUGUUCUGGGAUUGUAGAGAGUGUUGGAGAAAACACUGAAGGCUUUGAGAUCGGUGACAGAGUGAUGGCUUUUGUAAACUACAGUGCUUGGGCAGAGGUGGUGUGCACACCAUUGGAUUUUGUGUAUAAGAUCCCAGACGACAUGACGUUCCCAGAGGCGGCUGCCUUCUCUAUGAACUUUGUGGCUGCCUACAUGAUGCUGUUUGAAGUGGCCAAUCUCCGGGAGGGGAUGUCUGUGUUAGUUCACUCCGCAGGAGGUGCGGUGGGUCAAGCAGUCGCUCAACUGUGUUCCACUGUCCCGAAUGUCACUGUGUUUGGGACCGCCUCUCCCUUCAAACACGAAGCCAUACAGCAUUCAGUCACUCAUCUGUUUGACAGAAACAUCGACUGUGUUCCAGAAGUUAAGAAGAUAUCUCCAGAUGGAGUAGACAUUGUACUGGACUGUUUGUGUGGGGAGAACACAGGGAAAGGCCUAACUUUGCUCAAGCCCAUGGGAACGUACAUCCUGUAUGGUUCAUCAAACAUGGUGACAGGAGAAACAAAAAGUUUCUUCAGUUUUGCUAAAUCUUGGUGGCAGGUUGAGAAGGUGAACCCUAUCAAACUCUAUGAGGAGAAUAAAGUCAUAGCCGGAUUCUCGCUCCUGAACCUCCUCUUCAAGCAGGGUGGGUGUAGCCAAGUCAAGACAGCAGUGCAAAAACUUCUUUCACUUUACAACCAAAAGAAGAUCAAGCCUGUUGUUGAUUCACUUUGGGCGCUUGAGGAGGUGAAGGAAGCCAUGCAGAGAAUCCAUGACAGAGGAAACAUAGGGAAGCUGAUUUUGGACGUGGAAAAGUCGCCCACGCCUUUGAUGGCCAAUGACAGCACAGAGACCAGUGAGGCAGGUGAGGAGGAAGAGGAGCAAGAGGGAGACAAUGAAAACAAAGAGCGAAUGCCCUUCAUUCAGUGAAGCCAGACUCCACCAGAGACUAUCAUGAACCUGUGCUGAGCUCCGUGUCAUAGUGAAACGUAUCUGUGUGUGUGAGAUGUGUUCAGUCUAUUGUUUGUCUGUAACUUUGCCAGUUUUGGACAGUGCAGUCAAAAAUACCACAAAACAUUAAGUGUGUUGUUUCAUGUUUUACUGAAGUGCCAUUCUUAGUGCAGUGUUGAAUUGUUACAGUGUUUUAGACCAAAACGUUAUUGUAGGAUUGACUUUUCGUGGAAGCUUUUUGCAGCCUUUGGGAUGUUUUAUUUGACCCCGUGAGUCAGUGGAUUGACAGAUGACUACAGUCAAAGUCCAAAAUUAAAGCCUCAUACAUACCGGGACGAUUAUCGGGCGCGCUUAUCGCCGACGUUUUUAUUUCCUCUUUGUCGUUACGUAUGUCGUUGCCGUAAGUGUGCUCGGCAAGACCGGUUUGUGCCACCAAGUCGUGUUUUACUGUAACUUCAGCAGCUCCAGGCAUGUGAACAAAAGCGCCAAUCUCAUUGGUUAGCCAGUUUUUAACGUGGCGUAUCAAACCGAAAAUUAU